CUCAGCCACUCAAAAGUGCUAGGAUUACAGGUGGGAGCCACUGUGCCCGGUCUCAUUAACAAUUUUUAUACAAAAUUCAUACUGAUAGUAUCUUAUAUAUAUUGGAUUAAAUUAGAUGUACUAAAAAUAAUUAUUAAAAUUUAUUUUACCAUUCCUAUCUUUUUAAUGUGGUUAGUAGAAAAGUUUAUAUUACAUAUGGGCUUAUAAAUUUCUAUUGGACAGUGAAUUUUUAGCAAUUUUCACUCUCUCCAAUUAAAAAAGAUAGUGAAGCAUCGGUAUAACCAAACCUGCAUUUAAGCCCUCUACUUAAAAGUCUGCCUAAAAGAACCUAAAAGAAUCAACAUAUUCUGGGCCAUUUAUCUCUGGCACGUACCUAAAAAGCCAUCGUCUAAUUUCAAGAACAGGAAAGUAGCUUUGAGAAUAAGCUAAUACAAGGUGAGUCAUGUUAAAGUAAUGGUUCGUCUAUCUUCUUGCAUCAGAAUUAACUUGUGGAGCUUUUACUAAAAACAUAGAUGCUCAUCCCACCCAGAGAUUCUAAUUCAGUAGGCUGCAGGUAGAACCCCAGCAUGUGUUUUAAAGCUCCCCAGGUGAAUCUAAUAGAUAGCCAGUGCUGUUUAGGUCAUAUUUCUACAUAUACUACUAAAUAUAUUUAUGAAGGUGCUACUAAAAUUCCCACAGGCUUUGCAAUGCUACUGUGUGGCUGCUUUAUAGCAACAUCAGUAGAUGACAUUAAGAACCAAUACUAAUAAAACUGUGGCAACAGCAAGAAACUACUGGAGUCAGGCGCUUAGCUAAAGCCAUUUCCUAUGCUCCUUCCAGACAGGUUUUGCAACAUGCACAAUGGAGGUAACUCCUAUUUCCUUCUUCCUUCAGUUCUCAUGAAAGCACUUAUACCUAGGAAGGAAACAGAUCUUGGUGGUUACAAGCUGGGCUCUGAAAUCAGACUGCGUAAGUUUGAAACCCAGCUCUCUAGUUAGCAGUUACAGAAACACAGGCAAAGCACUUCACAUGCCUAAGAAUCUGUUUUCCACAUAACAAGUCAAAAUGUACGUACUCAUUAAGUCAGUAGGACCAGUCCUGUAAUGUAUGGAAAGUACUUAGCACAGCAUACAGAAAAGCCAUGCUUUUUAUUGCAGUCAACUUCUUGCCUUUUCCAGUGAUUUAGCUAUAUUUUUGGAUCACCCAUAUGUAAGCUUUUUUUUUCUUUUAUUUUUUUUUUUUUUUUUUUUUUUUUUGAGAUAGGGUCUCACUCUGUUGCCCAAGCUAGAGUGGCAUGAUCAUAGCUCACUGCAGCCUCAAACUCCUGGGCUCAAACAAUCCUCCUACCUUGGCCUCCCCAAGAGAUUACAGGCUGGGUACACCCAGCCAAGCCUUUCUUCCAACAAUGAAAACAUACAGACUGGGCACCGUGGCUCACACCUAUAAUCCUAGCAUUUUGGGAAGCCAAGGAUUGAGCCCAGGAGUUUGAGACCAGCCUGGGCAACACACAGAGACCCUCUACUUAUUUUUUUUUUUCUUAAAAAAUAAUUAAAACAACAAAGAAAAUAUCCAAAUGUAGGCUUAAAAAGUUAACCCUCUACUUCUCCAUUUAUACAGGUUUCCAGAUCAAGAAAAGGUAUCCUAAUCUCUCACCUGUCAGAUUCUUCAAUCCUUCUGUGAAAAGUGACUGGAAUUCGGGAGACUGCAACUUCAUUGUAAAUAGAUACUGCUUCAGAAGGCACAGCCUAUUCCACCUACAGCUCAGUACUGGCCUGUGCCAAUGAUACAGGCACCUCAGCAUCUGGAGAGGUGGUCACCAACUACACGUCUACAAGGCAAACACACAGGCAUACCAAUGAAAUUAAAAGUGAAGGAAAGUGAAGGAAAAUAAAGGGACACAUUGCAAGUUUAUCAACUUCAGAAAUUCAUCUCUUGUUCAGAUGAAAAAACUGAAAAAGGUGUCAAUUUGAGGGAUUAAGACUAGAUCUAUGUAUCUACCUGGUUUUGUUCUCCAGAAGCACUUACUGUGGCAGGCGGGGUCUAACUAACGCAGGCCUCCGUAAUAACUGUUUCAGUACUGAGUGGUUGAAAAAGCUAGCCAGUGCCCUUAAACAAGGGUGGAAUGUAACAAAGCAAGAGUUUUGCCUAAGACUUUCCCGGACCUUGAAGCAUGAUAAAAUAACAAAGGAAUUCUUUUUUUUUUUUUUUUUUUGAGAUGGAGUCUCCUCUGCCGCCCAGCCUGGAGUGCAAUGGCACGAUCUCUGCUCACUGCAACCUCCGCCUCCUGGGUUCAAGCGAUUCUCCUGCCUCAGCCUCACGAGUAGCCAGGAUUACAGGCGCACGCCACCACAUCCGGCUAAUUUUUUACACUUCCGGGUACAGACAGGGUUUCACCAUUUGGCCAGACUGCCCUCGAACUCCUGACCUCAAGUGAUGUGCCCGCCUGGGCCUUCCAAAGUGCUGGGAUUACAGGCGGGAGCCAUCGCGCCCAGCCACAAAGGAAUUCUUAACAAGACCCGUUUAGAAUUAAACAAGUUUUACUGGGGAUCCGAGGAAACUCCCCAGGCCUCCACAAACAAGUUUACUAGCGGUCUGAGGGAACUCCCCAAACCUCCAUGAUUUAGCAGUAGAGAAUAUAAGGGUAAUCACCCCAGCACCUGGACCCAUUUAGAUUAAGUAAAUUUACUAAGGCUCUCGAGGAAGGUCUUCAGGAUGCAGAUCUUAUAGAUAAUUCGUUAAUCACUUAUGUCUUUAGAUGAAUGCAACACUUACACAUACACAUAUAGCUUAGAAGGUAUAUAAGCUCUGGAAAACUUCGUUAUUCUGAGUUGGUCUGGGAUAUUUUCCAGGCCUUCUCCCUGUACCCGGUUACAUAAAUAAACUCCCUUCUUUCCUAGUUUAUCUGCAUCUGGUUAUUGGGAGGCGAGAAUAAGCAGCCUAACCCUCGGUUUGGCGGUUUGGUCGGGGAGUAUUACCGCUACACUCGCAUGCCACAUGGUACUGUGAUGGCACUCUCCCCAGAGCAGGGCUUCAGUCAGUAUGUGAAGGGUGCGGGAUUCUAGAAACGCUAUCCGAGUUUCUGGACUCCAGAACUUGUCAUGGUCACAGGUGUCACAUAAGCCCUCCGGUCCUAUGAAAUUACUCGGCACAAAUAUCACCCUACUUCCCCACCUGCACUCGAGAAUUCAUGACCCUGGGAUAGCGCCUAGGAAUUGUAUUUUCCCAUGAAUUAAUUAGUUUUGCUGCCAUUUUCCUCAUUAUUUUCCUGUCAUCUUGCAAUCUCCUCUGAUUUCCAGCACACCCUGCCUUCCCUUCUACAUAUCACAUCCUCGUUCCCCCCAUACAGGGGUUCUGCCCAUAAGGAGGCAGCAGCAGCUCUUCAGUGGCCCCGGUGUAAACCUGCAGAGAAAAACCAUUCCAUUCCACGGAAGCCGGCUGGAGGAGCUGCGCUUCCCAGCAGGCCACGUGGGACCCACUUAGUUUCCGUGCACCUCCGCCUCAACUCAGGAAAACGCUCUGGGGACCCCCGCCCUGAAAAGGCGCGUCCCGCCCCCCAGGCCGGGUGCUGGCGACAAGGCCCAGUGAAAAAGCGUCUCGGGGCAGUCCGCGCGGAGGGGAAAGUGCUGAGGGAAGCCAAGGAAUCCGCGCCUGCAGUCGCCAGAAACGUGGCGGGGACACGACCUCCUCGUCGGAGCUCUUAUGCCCAGUGCUGAGGAGGCCUCUGGCCACUUCCCACUCCCGCCUUCCUCGAGGACUCAGGGCGGCGGCUCCCCUGGCCCACAGCAGGAAGGAAGGGGCGGCAACCCACGCCACCAACUCUGCCCCUCUGAGUGGCGCGAGCCCGCUUACCGGCCCCGCUGCCGCCGUCGCCGUCGCCGCCACGCGCACUUCCGGGACGGUGAACGCGAUGACGUCGUCAACGCACAUCGGCUGGCGGUAAAUGGGAAGUCGCGGCAGGGCGAGGGCGGAGGCGGGGCCCGGACCGAAGGGCUUCCGGCUUCCCUCGCCCCUCCCCACGGUGAGGCUAAACUCUUGAGCCGGUUUCCCCGCCCCGCCGAGGCCCAUCUGGGUGAAGCGGAGCCUCGGGGGACCCUGAGGAAACCGAAGCGCGUACGCUUAAUUGCGCGCCUCUUACUGCACCUCUGGCUGGCCCUGAGCUGCUCAGAGGCCCAUCUGCGCGGUAUGCCUGUGCGAUCGGGGACAACUGGCAGCUGUCUUCCUUUUCAAAAUGAGACUGUUAAUAAAACCUACCCCAGGGUAGGACGGAUUGUUCGCAGAUGAAUGGGUACGCAACCUGGAGCAUAUCCGUACAAUGGAAUACUACUGAACAAUAUGAAAGAGCAAACUUCUGAUACACACAGCAACACAUCUGAGUCUCAAGUGAAGAAAGCCACUUUCAAGAGGCUGCAUAUAACAGACUCCAUUCAUAAGACACCCAGAAAAGGCAAAACUAUAGGUCGGGCGCAGUGGCUCAUGCCU